GACGACAGCGUGGCCUCCUUCCGGUGUGCGCUGCUGCUCUGGUAGCUGCUGUUGCUGCCUGUCAUCUCCAUCACUCAUCCCCAGAAGUCUUCUGUGUCCACGUUUCCUUUUGUUUUCCCCGUCGUGUCUCUGACACAACUGUAGGUGUCCUCCACCAUGCCCAUGUACCAGGUAAAGCCCACGUGUGGGGAUGACAUAAAGAUUGAUUUGCCAACCUGCAUGUACAAGUUACCGCAUAUCCACGCGCAGCAAGGGGACAGCCGCAGCUCCGAGCACGCGCUUCAGAACGGUGAGGUGGACCCAGCAGUCAGCGCUCUAGAGGCCCGGCAGGACGAGAUCCUGAGGAAGCUGUAUGAGCUAAAAGCAGCCGUGGAGGGCCUCGCUAAGACCGUUACCACACCUGAUGCCGAUCUGGACGUGACAGUCAGCAGCAGCUUCUCGUCACAAAGUUCCAGCUCCAUCAUGUUGGAAGGCAGCACAGAUCUGGACACACUUCUGGGGGAGGACCUUGGUGCUCUCCGGGACAUCGUCAUCAACGCCAACCCAGCUCGGCCCCCCCUGACCCUGCUGGUUCUCCACAGCCUGCUGUCUCAGCGUUACCGGGUGCUCUCCACCGUUCAUGUCCACUCCUCCGUUAGCAGCGUGCCGCCACAGCUCCAAUCCUGCCUUGGCCCACGCCAUCCGGACAGCUACGCCCGCCACCUGUUUCAGCUGGGCUUCACCCUUAUAUGGAAAGAUGUUCCCAAGCUGGAGAUGAAGUUCAGCGUCCGUAACAUGUGUCCGAUUGAGGGGGAGGCCAGCGUGGCACGCUUCCUCUUUAAGCUGCUGGCUCCGUAUCCCAGUGACCCUGCAGCUGCUACGCUGGUGGACAGCUGGGUGGACACGGCCUUCUUCCAGCUGGCAGAAGGCAGCUCCAAGGAGCGGGCCGCCGUCCUGCGGGCCCUCAACUCCGCUCUGGGUCGCAGCCCCUGGCUGUCCGGGCCGGAGUUCUCCCUGGCCGACGUGGCCUGCUACUGCUGCGUUCUGCAGAGCUGCGCGGCGUCCUCGGCUCCGGCGAACGUCCAGCGCUGGAUGAAGUCCUGUGAGAACCUGGGACACUUCAGCUCCACCAAGCAGCUCCUGCAGUGACCGGAGGCUAAAAGGAAUAAACUAUCUCAGCCAUGUCUGUGAUUCUCUCUGGUACUUCCCCACCUUUACUGUACUACAGCACCACUCUGUCUGCCUGGAAACAAGAUGGCUGAUGGGUAGCUCAGUAUCUACCUCUGCCACGCUGCUCUGUAAAACAGGGAGGAAGCAUUAGAGGACUGAGUAGGCAACGGCUCGGUGAUGGGUUAAAUUAACUGACACACACACACACACACUGUAAACCCUGCACCUACAUUGUGCCUAACAUGAUCCCGCUCUAAGUGUGUGUUAAUGUGUGAUGACCGGUAUUAGUAAUACUUUAUACCAGUUGUGUUUUUUUUUCUUAAAACAUUAAACCUUUGGGUCAAACUUUCA